AAGCUGCUGCUGCGCGAGGGAAGGAUUUUAAAACCCCUCAUUUGAACAAUGAGUGAAAUGUGUGUUGGAUUACAAACUAUGAGGAGCUUUUCCCUCGCUUUAUCCUCUGAGCUGCUGUGACCAUCGUGUCCAGACACCGACAAGCGCCGUCCUCUCUGACACAUCUCUACUUGUUGUCCUCCUGAAAGAGAAACAUGUCCUCCAAAUUACUGGCUUAUGUCUCACUUGUGUCUGUCCUUCAUACCUGCUGUCUUACUAUCGAGUACGAGGAAGAAUACGAGGAUGUCACUGUGAACCAAAUGCUGGCUCCUAAAUCACAGGAAACCGACACCACGGAAAUACUCAACAAUUUACUCAAAGAAUAUGACAAGAAACUGCGACCGGAUAUCGGAGUUAAACCAACUGUUAUAGAUGUGGACAUAUUUGUGAACAGCAUCGGACCAGUGUCAUCAAUAAAUAUGGAAUACCAAAUUGACAUCAUCUUUGCCCAGACGUGGACAGACAGCCGUCUCAGAUACAACAGCACAAUGAAAAAAUUGACUUUGAACAGCAAUAUGGUUGGACUUAUCUGGCUACCGGAUACCAUCUUCAGAAACUCCAAGAACGCAGAUUCACAUUGGAUUACAAUGCCUAACCAGCUGCUCAGAAUAUGGAACGAUGGGAAGAUACUUUACACCUUGAGACUGACAAUAAAUGCAGAGUGCCAGCUGCAGCUGCACAACUUUCCAAUGGACGAACACUCCUGCCCGCUCAUCUUCUCCAGCUAUGGAUACCCACAAGAUGAGAUGAUUUACAAGUGGAGGAAGAACUCUGUGGAGGCGGCUGACCAGAAGUCGUGGCGUCUCUACCAGUUUGAUUUCAUGGGCCUGAGGAACACUACAGACAUAAUAAAGACGACAGCAGGUGACUACGUGUUGAUGACAGUGUAUUUUGACCUGAGUAGAAGAAUGGGCUACUUCACUAUCCAGACUUACAUCCCCUGCAUCCUCACCGUGGUCCUCUCCUGGGUGUCCUUCUGGAUCAAAAAAGACGCCACGCCAGCCAGAACGGCUUUAGGUAUAACCACAGUGCUGACUAUGACUACCCUCAGCAGUGUGGCCAGGACCUCACUACCCAGAGUGUCCUAUGUCACUGCCAUGGACCUCUUCGUCACCGUCUGCUUCCUGUUUGUCUUUGCUGCGCUGAUGGAGUACGCAACGUUAAAUUAUUAUUCAUACAGCACUCGAAGACACAGCUGUAUGGAACCGAAGAGAUCGAACUAUUCUGUCCUGGAUGUGAGACCUCCACACACAGUCAUCACUUUAAACAACUCCAUGUACUGGCAGGACUUUGAGGACGCUUGUGUCUACGAGUGCCUGGAUGGAAAAGACUGCCAGAGCUUCUUCUGCUGUUUCGAGGAGUGUAAAGGAGGAGGGUGGAGAAGAGGACGCGUCCACAUAGAUUUACUUGACCUGGACGCAUACUCACGUGUCUUUUUUCCCACCUCGUUCUUGCUGUUUAACAUUGUUUACUGGGUAGGAUAUCUCUACCUUUAGCACACUGCUCGGUCACAACUGGACGGGAAGGGGAAGGACACCACGGUUUAACCGAAGAAAUUCAAUAUAAUAAUAAGGUGACACCAAAUAAACUCUUUCGUGUGCUACCUGAAGCUGUUAGCUGGAGAUGAAAAGACAGUGUGCGUCUGCAGGCCUGUGCCGAACAGAGAUUUCUGCCUCUGUGACUUCAGGUAUGAUAAUACGACACAUUACUGAUUCCCUUCAAUAUGCUGUACACAGAUGGAGGACAGGAUGGACUGUGUGCUAAUGACGACGUCAAGACGAAGGAAAAUGUGCUUUGCACUGCUACCCCAAAACUUCUCAAUCAGGAGGAUGACUUGUGUUGUAGGGAAUGUAUCCACACAUUAUUAUCCAGCCAUCAGUCAAAUCCAGUUGAUGAAAAUCCAAGGACAUUCAAACCAUUCAUAGUGCCUUCCUCUGGAGGGGUAGAUACUAUCUGCUACAAUAAUCAGGGAAUAAUGAUUUAUAAAAAUAGAAGAGCCUGGUUUUGACUGAUUAUGGCUGUUCUCAUUCAGAGCUUUGAGUUACAUUUAUAAAACAGCCAUUUGUUGCAACGACCACAUGAAAAAUCAUUAGGUUUUUAUCUCUCCAUACUGACUCUCAGCCAUUUGGCAUGACUUAUUCCUCCUGCUUGCAACACUAUUAGUAGCUCUAUACGGUAUAAUAAAUAAAUUGGUUCCCAGGGAAGAGAGCCAUUUGAAUAAACCUUACAGCGGAAAGAAUAAUGAUAUGUGCUUUAUUGGCAUUUUUCUUUAGAAUAGAGGAUGUGAAGUCAAAUAUUUGAAUAGAUAUUUUAUUUCUGUGUGUGUGUGUUUACAGGCACACAUCUGUCAUCAUUGUACCCACAGGCUAACUGCUGUGGGUAACACCAUUACUUUCAAUGACAUGU